AGAUUUUCUAACGGGGGGAACCACGAUCACGUGCAUCCAGAGAUCGGUACCCGAACACCGCCUUCCCUGCAUAUUUGUGCACCAUGGCUGCGGCCGCGACGCCAGGGAAGAAAGCCACCGUGGAUGAGUUGGCAGAGCAGCUUACCGCUAACAAGGCGAACAAGGCGGAAGUCGAAAAGGUUCUCAAGAGAAAGAAAUACGACAAUUUCAAAUCGUUCUCCGAUGAAGAAUGGAAUGGCCAUCGGGAUGCAAAUGGCUUCACCUGCAUGGACAGGAUGAAGGAGCGCAUCGAGCAGAAUCUUGAGGAUCCCAAGGGGUUCCCGCUCGGAGCGAAUUUCUUUUCAGAGCUCAAGCGGGAGUUCCGGAACGACAAUCGCCCUGAAGCACAACUUCAAGUGGAGAGCGCAACCCAAGAUCAGAUCCAACCACGUCUCUGGAAGGCCAUGAACGAGUUCGCGAACAAAGGGUCGCGAGCUCAAAUGGGCAGCGCUCUCAUGCUGAUGGAGUCGUGCAACGAGGCCGAGUGCGUUGGUGUCCUGCAGUACGCGUUGGAAUUGAAUCCGCAAACCAGCGCCGACCAGCACAAGUGCGCCAUGGACGUGGUGAGGUGGAUGGUGCGCAUGGAGAUUGAGACUAAGUAUCCAGACCAUUUCAAACAAAUGAUUCCCUGGCUUACCAACCUUUUCGGCCACCUCCACAAGCAGGCGAAGGGGGUCAAAACGAAGCCGUCAGCUUUCGUGAAAACCCACAAGAGUUACAUAUUCAUGGUGUUGCCCAAAGCCCAAACGGAGAAGAUCAUUUCCCACGAGGGGGCGAUCAAAGACCUCAAGGAUGAGAUUGCCAUCGUCGUGAACAGCGGUGACCUUGGACAGGUAUUGUUUGGGCCUGCGCUAGUGGGAGUCAUCGCGGACGAGGUCAAACAGGUGAUCCAGAAGGGGGUCGAGGACUUCUCGAAGCUGCGUCGGUUCGACCGGGGGGUGAUCAUCGACUGGACGAAGAGGGUCUUGAAGGAGGUCGAGAGAGUGCCCCUCAUUGAGCACCUCCCCGAGAAGCGGCAGGUUGAGUUGGCGUACAGGCAGACGACUUUCCCGAAGACCGUGAAGACCACCUUAGAGCACGUCGAAUCCGCCCUCGAGCUUGCCGCGCUGACGAUUGCAGUGGAUGCAGAACUUGUGCCUUACUUAUGGUGCGAGGCCGACCUCGGCACUACGAGGGGGGCCGUCCUGGAGGGCUUGGACAUGGCAGAAGACAUUCUGGAGCCCUGGCGGGAUGGGCGCACGCGCUCGAACUCGCAGAUAGGGACUGCCAAGGACUCCGCAUCCAUCAAGACUUUCUUGCAGAAGCGGGGCGCGAGCCUCGCGUCGGCGGACCCGCACUUCCCUCUGAUGGGGUCGUGGUUCGAGAGCAUGAUGGGUGAGGCUGGGGCCACGUGCCUUGAGGAGUGUGUCCGUGCGUUGCUGCCCACGGCUGCGAAGGGUCUGGGCAUCGAUCAGGUGGCGAAGAGGCUGCGGGGGUUGCAGGGCAAGGGCAUCUACGCUUUCUGCGACGACAGGGGCCGGGCCGUGGUGGACAACACCUUGAAUUGCAUCGACAAGAUCCAGGAGGGCAAGGCGCCGCAGUUCCUGAAGAACGCCACCCCGUUCAUGGCGUCGGUGAAGGAUGCCUUGAAGUUCUUCUGUACCACCGAGGGCCCCAAUAAGGCGACUCUGUCCGGAAAGGCCGCGAUAGAUCACAUCAUGGACCGCCUGGGCAGGGGCGACAAGGCUAAAAUCACUUACGACGAUCUCGAACUGCCGACGAAGUACCAGUGGCUGCUGGACGAGCCGCAGACCGUGGCGCACAACACUUAUUACAAGACCGCUCGGGAGAAUGGAUCCAAGAGCUUAUCCGCAGCAGCGGGCAAGGCGCCCGCUGGGAAGCGAGCGGCCGCGUCGUCGGCCUCGUCUGGGCCAGCCGUCAAAGCCGCAAAGACCGACAGCGGCAAGUCCAAGAAACAGUCCGAGGUGUCCAAGACAUUGGCCAUGUUCAACGGCGGCAAGCUGUUCAAGAAGGCCUCGUGACAAUCUGAGGCUUUCGGAUCGUCGGCACGUCGUGUCGUUGGCCUCCGUGGGCCGACGGGGGGCCGCAUGAGUCAAUCGGACUGGGGUCUGAUUGCUGUCCAAUCUUCUGGGGCUUAAUUGGUGCGGGGUUCACUUCCUCGUCAGACGUACUUGGAAGCGUGGCGCGAGUCGCCGCGCUCUUUCAGCUUCGCAGUAGCCGCGCCUACCUGCGGCCUGCGAUGGUUCGCCAGGCUCGUUCGGCCUGCCAGGGGAUGAGGGCAAAGGCCGCGGUAGUUACGAGACGAUGAGGAGAGCGAGGAUGGCCUUUCACCCGUUACACUUGGCAGGUGCGUGCGAGGAUACCACGGGCCGGGGCAGUUUUCCGCGGCCAGCGCAGGGAAGAGUCAUCGCAGUCUUCUCAGGGGGCACGUUGGCGCGAGGCCCACGUACAAACGUUGCCGUUGCCAUCGUCGGCGCUGCUGCGUUCCCCGGUUCGUUUCUUGGUUUUCGAGCCCCUGCUAUGUCCAUGCAGCGUCUCCGGUGGCUGCCCGAGCGCGGGCGCAGUCGAGUUCCCGACGUUUGAGCCCCGACCCAAGGGGCAAGCACAUAAGUUUCUUUUCGCAUCAGCAUGGGCGUUAUCGUUCUCAUUGGCAUUCGCAGAUACAUUCAUGGACACGUCACCGCACGACCC